AUGUCCUCAAUUAAUAAUGUAUGUGACUGUGGUAGGAAAAGAGGUUCUAUGAACGAAAAAAAUUGGUCUAGACACAAUGAGUUCUGUAAAAUUAAAAAAAUUAAAUUGAGCCACAACAUCAAUAUAAAAGAGUUUUUUUGUUCUGUGAAUUCAAAAUGUGUCGUCUCAAACCAAGAAAUCAUUGAAACUGUGGUGGAUGAUGGAAAUACAGUUAUUGCAAAUGAUAUUGCCCUUAAUACCCUUCAAAGUAAAAAGGCCAAUGAAGAUUCUAAUCAACUAUUUAUGAAGACAGUAAUUGAUUUGGAAAAGUGUUAUUCGGAAGAACCAAAUAAUUUUGUUCUUGACAAUUCUUUGGCUACAACCAAGUUUCAAAAUGAUCCAGUAUUUUAUAUAGGAAAAACAAUAUCGCCUGGUUUAAAACUAACAUUAUUAGAAUUGGGUCCAUGUCAGCCAAAAGAUAUUGAUCUACCUGGAGGGAAAUUCCCACACGAUUCGUCUAUACCUUCGCUAUACUGUUGGACAUGCAAACUUUUUGGUACACCGCGAGCACAAAAAGGUUUGUUUGCUAGUUCUGGUUGUAACUCAUGGGGUCACCUAUCUGGAAUUCAUGGGAGAUUAUAUAAACAUGAAACAUGUAAAGAUCAUUUAGAGGCUGAAUUAAAUCGAGUAAUGUAUAUUAAUAACAACCGUAUAGAUUUACAACUAACAAAAUCUUCUAAUACACAAGUUGCUGCAAAUAGAGAAGUUGUGAAAGUUCUCAUGGACAUAGUUGUAUGCUUAGCCAAACACAACUCAGCUUUAAGAGGACAUUUAGAAUCAGCAAAUGAUAAUAUUCAAGGACAAUUUCUUGAUUGGGUUAACCUUUUUUCAAAAUACCAUCCAGUUUUACGUGCACACCUAGACCGUAUACAAUCAUCAUCUAAGAAAACGAGACUGUCUUUUAUGUCUAAAGGGUCACAAAAUGCAAUGCUUGAAUGUAUAGCAGAAACCAUUCGUAAGAAAAUACUUAAUGAAAAUCAUAAUCCUAAUGCUCUGCAUGUAUGGUGUUUUGCGCAUUGCUUAAAUUUAGCAGUAUGUGAUGCAUGUGAAGCAACUGCUGAAGUUCAAGAUUUCUUUGGAACAGUCAGAAGUUUAGUUAAAAUACUUUUCAAACACAAGAUGGACUUACCAUGA